UGUACUGUUUUAAGAAUUUACACUACGAAAAGUUUAUUUUUAUUUUAAUGUUAAUCUUUGUUUUCCAGUCGGUCGUUCUGGCAUGUGCCGGAGUCGUUCUGGGAUCCGUCCAUCCUUCAGCAUAUGGCCAUCACCCACAGCCCGCUUAUGGUCAUCAUGCGCCUGCUUACGGUCACCAGCAUGCCUAUGGCCACGGUUACUGCGACCCAACUGUUGCCCCAGCAUGCGCUGCCAAUUCCACUCUCACUUACUGCUUGGAAGAUACUGAGUAUCCCGAGUACGAGAUCAAGGCUGCCAUCACUGCCGAUCACCUGUUCGCUAAGAAGUACGCUGACGUCGCCGACCAGUCUGCUGAUGACCUGGUAGACAUGGUUAGCAAAGACCAGGAAGAGGCCUUCGACUACUCUUACUACACUGGAGCCUCCACUGGGGACUCUCCCUACGAUGCCACUCACUGGGGUGGUCCUGAGGGUUACAUCUGUCCCUCCGAAGUGGUGUAUGCCAUGCCCAAACGUGCCCAGAAUGUGGACGGCAAGUGGCGCGUCAUUGUCAACGACGUUCACUAUUACAGCCAGACUGCCCGCCUCGAGACUUGUCUGUUCCCAGAGUCUGCUUGCCGCGCUCUUGCUCCUUGCUACCAGAGCCACUGCACCCAGAAGUCAGUGUACCACCGACUCCUUUCCUACGACCCAUGUGACCCCUACAAGGGCCUUUUCAUCGAUAUCUACAAGAUGCCAUCUGCCUGCUCCUGUCACCUUCCCGCCUAACACACCACCAUAACGCUCCUUAAUCGCCUCCUUAUACACCAUCUAACACUAUAUGGUCACCAUGGAACCACCGAGAACCACUGUAAACCCACAAAGCAGAGGAAAACACACCACGUGACUGGAAAACUGCUUUCUUCACGUCAAGUCAUGCCAGGAACCACCGGGACACUCCCAUCGCUGCUCUUUCUGUAAUAUAUCUAACAAAUAAAUAAUUGUUGAACUUA